GUCACUUGUUUGUUCAGUCUAGGGCCCUCUCAGCAGCCAGGGAUGUACGUCCACCGAAGAGGCAGCAAUGUGCUACAGCUUGAGCCCAGAGGCUGUAAGACCCAGGGAGUCCAUGGGGAUACAGCAGGCCUCAGUGAGCUUUGAGGACGUGGCUGUGCACUUCACCCAGGAAGAAUGGGCUUUGCUGGAUCCUUCCCAGAAGAGUCUGUAUAGAGAUGUGAUGCUGGAAACCUGCAGGAACCUCGCUUCGAUAGGAAACAAAUGGGAAGAGGAGAAUGUUGGAGACUGUUAUAGAAUUCCUGGAAGAAAUCUAAGAAGUUCGGUGUUAGAGACCCCCCAUGAGAGUACAGAAGAUGGUCAGGAUGAAGAAGCCAUUAUGUGGGUAGCAAAUCUCCAUACCAGCAUGUCAGUUUUUCCUGGACUAGCACCAUGUAAACCCAAAGUGUGUGGAAAGGGUUCCAUGUGUUCUUCAUCCUCUAGUAGACAUAACACAUCUCACCCUCAUUAUAACCCACUUGAGCAUGAGGAAUGUGGAGCCCAGCAAUAUGACUUGAACUCUCUCACCAGCUUUCAAAGGUGUAUGGGAGCUCACACUGGGAAUGGACCUUGUGAAUCUGAGGUAUGUUUAAAAGCUUUCUGUUUUCCACAUUCAUUAGGAAUACAUCAAGAAACUCACAAUGGAAAAACACCUUAUCAGUACAAGGAAUGUGAAAAGGCCUCUUUUUAUACACACAGAGAAACCCAUACUAUGGGAAAGCUUUAUGAAUGUAAUAUAUGUGGUAAAACCUUGAGUUCUUCUACUUCCCUUCAAAGACAUGAAAUAAUUCACACUGAAAGACUCUAUGAAUGUACACAUUGUGGUAAAGCUUUUAGAUAUUCCAAGUAUCUUCGAUUACAUGAAAGAAUUCAUACUGGAGAGAAACCUUAUGAAUGUAAACAGUGUGGUAAAUCCUUUAGAUUUCCUGGUGCCUUGCCGCUACAUGAAAAAAUUCAUACUGGAGAGAAACCCUAUGAAUGUAAACAGUGUGGUAAAGCCUUUAGAUUUCCUGGUUCCUUGCCAUUACAUGAAAAAAUUCAUACUGGGGAAAAGCCUUAUGAAUGUAAACAAUGUGGUAAAGCUUUUAGGCGUCACUAUCAUCUUCAGUUACAUGAAAAAAUUCAUACUGGUGAAAAACCCUAUGAAUGUAAACAGUGUGGGAAAGCCUUCAGACGGCAUAGUCAUCUUCAGAGACAUGAAAGGACUCAUGCUGGAGAGAAACCCUAUGAAUGUAAAUAACAUACUAAAGCUUUUAUACUUCACAGUUAUAUUCUGUCACAUGAAAGAAUUCAUACUGGAGAAGACAAAUGCUGUGGGUGUAAACAAUGUUGGGAAAUCUUUAGGUUUCCUGGGUCCUUGCAAUUAUAUGAAAUCAAUCAUAUUAGAUGCAAACCCUAUGAAGUAAAUAAACACUGUGGUGAAGCCCUUAGUCACCUUCAAUUUUGUAAAGAACCUGUAUACUGAACAGGGCAUUGGUGGCACACUACUUUAGUCCUAGCACUCAGGAAGCAGAGGCAGGUGGAUCUCUGUGAGUUUCAGGCCAGCCUGGUCUACAGAGCCAGUUCCAGGACAGGCUCCAAGACAAUACAGAGAAACCCUGUCUCAAAAAGCCAAAAAAAAAAAAAAAAAAAAAGAGAAACUGGAAAAAGCUAUGUGACUGAAUAGUGUGCUGAGGCUUUUAGAUGUUAUACUUGGCGGUUACAAAAAAGAACUUAUUCUGGAAGGACAUCCUCUGAAUGUAAAUAGUAUAGCCAGAAUGUCACAUAUCACAGUGUUCUUUAGACAUGGGUUUUUCAUAUAUAACCCAUGUGUGACCCUAUAAAUGUAAAAUAUAUCCAUAUGUAAAAAAAACAACAGAUCUCUUCAGUCCCUUCAUACUCAAUAAAAGCUCUAAGGAUGUGAA